AUGCUUGGACGACCUCCGGGCCAGGGACGAUGGUCCUCACAGCAUCAGAAGCUCUUGCUAGCUUUUGCAAUCAUCCUCAUCCCGUGGAUCCAGCUUGCCGACGCUCAGCAGCAGCCCGUGCAGCCCCAAGUCCGGAUUCACUCUCAGAGAGGCGACAGUCCUCUUGACUCACUGUCCGAAGACGCCACCAACAGCCAAUGGUACGCCGCACAAGUCGACGAUGUGCAGGCUGAGGCGAGCUUCGAUACCAUCAACAGAAAACAGAAACAACCACGCCAGCAACCGACGCCUCUGCCGCAGCAGCAUCAACGAGCUCGACGUGCCCCGUACGACUACGCCAACAAGGCGCCGAACCGAUCCCGGCAACCUAACCAGGAAUCCGAUAAAUCAAAACACAUAAAAGUCCCUAGCGAUGCGAGCGCCCUCGCAACUUUAGCUCCGGCUCAGCCCGUUCGAGCACCACACACUUCACGACAUCUCUGGCCCAGCAGUAGCGCUUCUGGGCUGGCAUCGCCGCAAAAUGCGCGGAGUCUGGAGGAUUGGGAAGUUGAAGACUUUGUUCUUCUGGCGACCGUCGAUGGAGACCUCUAUGCCAGCGACCGAAAAACCGGUCGGCAACGCUGGCACCUCGAGGUCGACCAGCCAGUGGUAGAAACAACACACUAUCGAACAAACAACUCCGUCCUCGACGACGAUUACAGCCCCGUUGACCAUUACAUAUGGGCUGUUGAACCUAGCCGCGAUGGCGGCCUCUAUGUAUGGAUUCCAGACGCCGAUGCAGGCCUCAUUCGAACUGGAUUCACCAUGAAGCGACUCGUGGAAGAGCUUGCCCCAUAUGCGGGCGAUGAGCCACCGGUCGUGUAUACAGGAGACAAGAAGACGACCAUGGUCACGCUGGAUGUGGCCACGGGACGUGUGCUUAAGUGGUUUGGAUCCGGCGGCUCCCUCGUCAAUGAAGGCGAAAGCUGCCUCCGACCCAAUGCUUUUGGCGAUGCAGACAACGAAGAGUGCAGCUCCAUGGGCACCAUCACUCUGGGGAGAACAGAGUAUACUGUGGGAAUCCAAAGACGAGAUGGCCGCCCAAUCGCAACUCUCAAAUACGCAGAAUGGGGACCAAAUACCUUUGACAGCGACCUCUACCAGCAAUAUCAUGCCUCGCUAGAUAGCCGCUACAUAACCAGCCAGCACGAUGGCAAGGUUUAUGCCUUUGAUCAGUCCCGGUCUGAUAACCAUUUGCCCCUGUUUAGCCACAAAUUUUCCUCCCCGGUGGCACGAGUUUUUGAUGUUUGUCGACCAUGGGACGCUGCCGCGGGCAGCAACCCUGAUCUUGUUGUUCUUCCCCAGCCACCAAUGCCAUCACAGGAUGAAGGCAUUGCCAAAAUGCGAAGCAACAGCAUCUUCCUCAACCAAACCGAAAGUGGCAGCUGGUAUGCGAUGUCUGGCCGGGCCUAUCCUCUCAUCAUCGAUGCACCGGUGGCCCAGAUAUCGCGACCCGACUGGUGGGAUACGGCUCCCGCUUUUGAUACCAUCAAUCGUUCCAAAAUCUCCAAGGCGCUGGUUGGCACCCACUUCUUGGACUCAUUGCGGACUGGCGGCUACCAACAUCAGCAUCUGACACUGCCCCCUGGACUUCUGGAUGAUUUUUCCGAUGACCUGGAGAAUGGGUCGAAUAACGCUCAUGCGGUAGCCCCUGCUGUUUCUGAAGAGCCUACCAUCAUCACAAAGUUCAAGGCUCUUCCGGAACGUGCCGCCAACAGCGUCAUUGAUUUUGUCAGCAACCCCGUACUAAUUAUCCUUUUCGUGGGCUCGUUGAUAUACAAUGAAAAGAAGCUCCGACGAGCAUAUCACCGAUUCAGGACCGAAGGCAGUCUCAAAGAUAUAUAUCCAUUCCUCACCCUGGAUCCUAGUGCUGGAGACGAAUCGAGCGAUGAAAAAGAUGCAUCAUUGUCCUCCUCAUCAUCUGCUGCUCGGCUGUCCCAAUUUGACGACCAAAAGGUGGAAGCGAUUUCUAAAUCGAAAUUAGACUUAACUGGGGAUGAAGAUAAAGACAAGGAUAGAGAUAGAGACUCUUCCAACUCAUUAGAGCCGGCCCAGAAGUCAGACGACAAGGUGAUUGAUACGGCCACGCAACUAGAUGCUGCAGACGCACAGGCAAAAGACUCAGCCAAUGGUACCGCUUCCGAGAAGAAAAAGAAAGCCCAUAGGGGUCGUCGGGGUGGUGUCAAGCACAAAAAGAACCGCCUUGAGGGGCAACCAUCACGAGACGACGAAGCACUCAGCACCGUGGAUGAGGCCGUCAGCAAUGCCAAAAAGCUAGGCGAUCGCCCCAGCCUUGAGCCUGACUUCCGGAUGAUCUACAACGACAUGCAAGCUGUCACAGGCUCCAUCAUUAGCAUCGGCAACAUUGAAGUGGACACGGACGUAGAGCUUGGCAUGGGCAGCAAUGGCACAGUCGUCUUUGCCGGCAGAUUCGAUGGCAGAGACGUUGCUGUCAAGAGAAUGACUAUCCAAUUCUACGACAUUGCCACGCGGGAAACUCGAUUGCUGCGCGAGAGUGACGAUCAUCCUAAUGGUGAGCAUGAUAUUUUCGGGGAAAAAGCAGAUGAAAGACAUACUAACAAGACACUCACAGUUAUCCGAUAUUACUCACAGGAGAUGCGAGGAGAUUUUCUGUACAUUGCAUUGGAGCGCUGCGCUGCCUCACUUGCAGAUGUGAUUGAGAAGCCCAACCACUUCCGUAACUUGGCCAAUGCCGGACAGAAAGAUUUGCCUGCCGUCCUAUAUCAGAUCACCAACGGCAUUACUCAUCUACACUCUCUGCGCAUUGUCCAUCGUGAUCUCAAGCCUCAGAACAUCUUGGUCAACCUGGACAAGGACGGCAGACCGAGGCUGUUGGUCUCUGACUUUGGCCUGUGUAAGAAACUAGAUGGUACUCAAUCUUCCUUUGGGGCAACGACAGGCCGAGCGGCUGGAACGACUGGGUGGCGUGCACCCGAGCUUCUUCUCGACGACGACGGACAAAAUCCCGCGGCUCAGGAUGGAAGCACGCACAGUGGCUCCGGUACCAUUCUCGUUGGCGACCCUACGCUCCUCAAUGGCCGACGCGCGACGAGAGCCAUUGACAUUUUCUCCCUGGGACUCGUCUUCUUCUAUGUGCUCACAAACGGAUCACAUCCAUUCGACUGCGGUGAUAGAUAUAUGCGCGAGGUCAACAUUCGAAAGGGCAAUUACAACCUCGAUCCCCUGGAUUCCCUAGGCGAUUUCUCAUACGAAGCCAAGGAUCUCAUCGCGUCCAUGUUGCAGGCCGACCCCAAGCUGCGGCCUACUUCUGUAGAAGUCAUGGCCCAUCCUUUCUUCUGGUCCCCGAAGAAGCGCCUAGCUUUCCUCUGUGACGUAUCGGACUCGCUUGAAAAAGAAAUCCGAGAUCCGCCUUCGGAUGCGCUGAUGGAGCUGGAGAGACAUGCUCCAGACGUAAUCAGGGGCGACUUUUUGAAGCUCCUCACUCGUGAGUUUGUCGAUUCUCUGGGCAAGCAGCGCAAGUACACGGGGUCGAAACUGCUCGAUCUGCUGCGCGCCUUAAGGAACAAGCGCAAUCACUACGAGGACAUGUCGGACUCGUUGAAGCGGAGCGUGGGGUCCUUGCCGGAUGGGUAUCUUGUGUACUGGACGGUCAAGUUCCCGAUGUUGCUGCUUACGUGCUGGAAUGUGGUGUAUAAUCUGCAUUGGGAGACGUCGGAUCGAUUUAGAGAGUAUUAUGAGCCUGCUGGAUUAUAA